AUGGGAGAAAUAUCCAUAUCAAAAUUUGGCUCAGUAUAUGAUUCUUUUAAUCAUAAUAAUGAAAAUUUAAACUUUACAUAUUUAGCUCAAUUUGUUACUUAUAUUACAAAGCGUGGUUUGAACACCGGCCAACCUGUAUUUUGCUCGAAUUAG